AUGCAAGGUAAUGACCAAACCAUGGCGCCCGUUGUCCGCUUCCGCUGGCUCAUACCAGAUGAAACGCAGUUUUUUGGCCUGCGAUUCGAAAUGGAUCAACAGCCAAAAGACCAAAAAAUAUUCCCAACGCUCUCAGCUCGCUACCCAGCUCGUCCAGACGACAUUCAUCGGGGCCGUCUCUAUGUCGCCCCUGCGGCUUCGCUUGGCGAUGGCAUCCCCACUUUCAAACGGCAUGCCCGCGCGCGGUACAACGGCGCAUUCCUCACAGAAGUCACUUUCGGUGAGGCCAUAGAAGACCCGAAUGGCUCGCCGUGUGUUUUCUUCGAGCCUGUUGUGUAUGUCAGCAACAAGAAGAGGCGGCUAUUACUCCCCAAAAUCGACUCCCCCAGCACUCUCGCAAAAGGAGGCCAGCCCUUGCAAGAAGCGAUGCAGAAGAGCGACUCUCGAUUCCACGGAGUUAUUCCAUCUGCAGAAGUAGGAGCAUGUCCCACUAUCCGUACGAUCCACGGGGCCUGCCAGGCCGAGCCGCUGGCCCAGCUCUGGUCAGCCCUCCACCGAUGUGUCUCGGCCAAUGAACAGGAACUAAAGGCCUCCCUCGCCCAGAUCAAGGCAGAUGGUGGUUUGUCCAAAGGGGAACUACUCAACAAUGCACGGAAGUUGAUCUCUGCACUUUGCGGAGAUUACGCCGCGGAGCCGGGUUUGCGACAAGCCAUCGAGGGGCCAUUGCGACGUCUCACUGGCUUCUCGGGAGACGACCAGCUGUUCCUCGUUUGCAAAAACCAGCUGGCUGGAGACCCAACUAUCCAGGCAUUGUACCGCAUUCGUCAUCUCAUCGCUGGAGAUCCCAAUAUGGACGAAACCCGGCCCGUGCUGGUGCUCUUCAUGGCCAUCCGCGCGCAUACUAUCGAGAUCGGUCACGCUUAUCUCAACACGUAUUACGUCGACGGGAAAGAGGAGGAGCGGGCUUCGUGGCAGGCUGCGACACAUCUCACGUAUGGGGUGGGCGGCACAUUGUCAACGGACCCAAGCGACCUUGAAGUACUUCGCACCGCUUGUAUCCUGACGUGUGUUGGGAAGGCAGUCAAAGCACUCGCUGUUUUCCGCAAGCUGAUCCAAGCGCCCCCUAUCGCCCCCUCUGUCUUUCCAAUCAGAGAUAUGCUAGGUGGCACUUUGCAGCCGGCUCGUCUCUUCCGCGAAACCGACAUGCGCGUAUUCCACACUGUGUGGCAGAGGGAAGGGCACGAGGACCAGCACGUUGUGGUGAAAUUGUUCGAGACUACUACCUACGGGGAAGCGGCACAUCGGGCUGCAGCAGAGGCAGAUUUGGCGCCAAACCUCGUCUUCUACGGGGAUGCUCUCCAGGAGUCGCAGACUGGCUGGUCUGUUGUCGUUAUGGAUUAUGUCGAGCGUGCGGACCACAUCACCCAAGCACAUAUCAAAGCUCUUGAAGCUCUUCCCGGGCGGUUGCGCCAGCUCGGCAUCGUCCACGGCGACCUCCGGCUGCCCAACAUCCUUUUUGCGAAGAAUGACAAGGUGGUGGUUAUCGACUGGAACUGGGCCGGCACGCAUCCACACUAUCCGUGGACGAUGAACAUGGGCCUCACGUGGCCGCACGGCGCGCAGCCGGGCGGGAGGAUCCUGCCUGAACACGACAAGCAGCAGAUUGAUUGGAUAGUGGCGGCAUUGCAGAAGGCAUACGCCAAGAUGCGGGACGGGCCGUUGGAGCUUACUGAAGCAAGAGAGUUCGUGGCUAUUGAGCUGCGUGACGUCGGUGGUUCGAGCGAAGACUCAGGAUAG